CUUCGAUUUGGUAGUGUAUUGUUUUUAUCCGGAUAGCUAGUUUGGUAACCGGAAUUCCCAGGCGACGGUGGAGCGACACACGAUGGAGAAGCAAGUCGUGACCCGCCUCGAACAAGCAUGGAGCUCGGCGGAUGUGGGCGCGUUCUUGGACGAGUCCAAGCUUCAUGAGAUCAUGGUGUUGUUCCACGACAUGGAGCCCAGCGCCAAGGUUCGACUUCUUCUUGCGAUACAGACGGCGCAACAAGAACAUGUUAAACAGCAAUUAUCCCGCGAACGCCACGGAGGUAGCAACUCCAACGCCGCGUUGCCAUCUUCCCUUGGCCUCCCCGAAGAUCUCUUGAAGCAGAUUUUGUCCAAGGCGGACGCUGACAGCGACGAAUGGGUCCGCAUUGGGUCCGGCAUCCUGCGUCGCAUGCUGUUUACAGACUCCCCAGACGACGACUACCUCGCGCAGAGCGUUCAAACGACCGUGGGUCAAGUCAUGGCGCUCGUGGACGCUUCUGGUGGUGGCGAGAUCGCCGUGGACGACUGGUUUUCCCAUGAUUUAGCGUACAUGACUCCACAUCCGAACGUGUCCCUCCAAGGCGGCGCCGCCUCGAAGAACGAUCAUUUCACCGUCGUGGAGGAAGGCAGGCCGUUGGACGACGUGAAGAAAGGAGCACCGUCGCUGCAUACCCCUCUGCGGUCGGCCACAUCGUCAAGCAGCGGCGCUGCGGUUCGUCGCGGGACUUCUUCCGUGUCGAUCUCGUCAUCUUCGUUCCCCCCGAAACCCCACGCGACGGCCCCUUCGUCCUUGAAGCGGUCGUUAACAGAAAUGGGCUCGGAAAUCCGUCGACAGGCUGAAAACGGCCGGUUCAAGCGCAACCGAAGUCGCAUUUCCGUGAUCGAUCUGGACGAAGUCAAGCAGAUCGAAGCGGACAAGGUGCUCAAGGCCGAAGAACGCAAGCAACUCGCGCGUCGGGGCCCGACCAAAUCCGCGGCGGCGGCGACGGUGGCGGCGACGGUGGGGGACAACGACGCGAAAGCAGCAGCUGCGUCCUCGUCGGCGGACGCGGCGGCUUCUGCCGUCGAUACCCAGGACGAAUUUCACCAAGCGGCGCUGUCGAUGGCGUCGCUGCCAGAAGCAGACGCUGGACACAUGCCUCAAGGAACGUAUCUCGACUAUGGAGGGAUGAUGCAGUACGACGAGUCGUACCUCCAGGGAGAAGACGCCGCCGCCAGUGCCGCCGUGGCCGCUGUGGCCGCGCACGCCCGGCUCCCAGUGUUUAAUGACCCAUAUCAGUACGUGGAUCAACAGGGACAACAACAGCAGCAGCAAAUGUACCAGCAACAGAUUCACAUGCAGCAACAAGCCAUCCACCAACAGCAGCAGCAGCAGCAGCAGCAGCAGUCGAUGGCAUUUCCGUUUGACAGCCACAACGCCCUGUACCAGCAGCCACCGCCGCCCCCAUUCUCGACCAACGCGGCCGAAUUUCCGUACAACGCGGCGACUGGCGGCGGGUUUCUCGACUCUACGAACAACAACACAUUUUGGAGAUAAAGCCAUAUGCUAAAUAUACUAUUAAUAGUGUUCGGAUCACUA